UCUCUGAGUGUGAUUAAAACCAUUUUCCAAAGACAGGUGGAACAAAUCACGGCAGAAUACAAGGUCCUCGCUCUUCAAUAUCAUCCGGACAAGAAUGAAGGCGACAAGGAAGCCGAACGGAAGUUCCAACAAUUAAAGCACGCGAAAGAGGUUCUUUGCGACCCCGAAAAGAGAAGCAACUACGACAAAUGGAGGCGCAGCGGGAUCGCCAUCAGCUACAAGCAGUGGCUCGGAAUGAAGGAGCAUGUUCACCAAUCGAUGCACUGGAGCACACCGAAGACGAAGGAUCGCAUGCUGCAGGACGGUUCGGGGGAUGCAGCUGGUGCACCGGGGCAGACCAAGGUCCAGCCGGCGAACGCUCACAGAAGAGCGUCGGAAGGAGGGGCAAACAUCUACUACGGGUCACGACGCGACCAUGGAUGGGACAUGGAUGCGCCUAGCGUAGUGGUCAGCAAGUUUCGCAACUACGAAAUCUAA